GCAGUUGUUAUCCUUAAAAUGGCGCCGUUAGACCUGGAUAAGUAUGUCGAAAUUGCAAGACAGUGUAAAUACCUACCAGAAAACGAUUUAAAGAGAUUGUGUGACUAUGUUUGCGACCUAUUACUAGAGGAAUCCAACGUGCAACCUGUGUCCACUCCAGUCACAGUGUGCGGAGACAUUCAUGGCCAGUUUUAUGACUUGUGUGAGCUCUUCAGAACCGGGGGGCAGGUUCCAGACACAAAUUAUAUUUUUAUGGGCGACUUUGUGGACCGGGGUUAUUACAGCUUGGAGACAUUCACAUACCUGCUGGCGUUAAAAGCCAAGUGGCCGGACCGCAUCACGCUGUUGCGAGGGAACCAUGAGAGCCGGCAGAUCACUCAGGUGUACGGUUUCUACGAUGAGUGCCAAACGAAGUACGGGAACGCGAAUGCCUGGCGAUACUGCACGAAAGUGUUCGACAUGCUGACAGUCGCUGCCUUGAUAGACGAGCAGAUCCUGUGUGUGCAUGGUGGACUCUCUCCUGACAUCAAGACCCUGGACCAGAUCCGCACCAUUGAGCGCAAUCAGGAGAUCCCCCACAAGGGGGCAUUCUGUGAUCUGGUGUGGUCCGACCCGGAGGAUGUUGACACCUGGGCCAUCAGCCCAAGGGGUGCUGGCUGGCUGUUUGGCGCCAAGGUCACCAAUGAGUUUGUUCACAUCAACAACCUGAAGCUGAUUUGCCGGGCGCACCAGCUGGUUCAUGAGGGCUACAAGUUCAUGUUCGAUGAGAAGCUGGUGACGGUGUGGUCAGCCCCUAACUACUGCUACCGCUGCGGGAACAUUGCCUCCAUCAUGGUGUUCAAAGAUGUCAACACACGGGAGCCCAAGCUUUUCCGCGCUGUGCCCGACUCCGAGAGGGUCAUCCCACCCCGAACGACGACACCCUACUUCCUCUGAGCAGAGCCAUGCCCCCCGCCCAAUCUCCUCCCUCCUCUCCCACCUCCCUAUUUCUCUCUCUCCCUAUAUUUUUAAUUAU